GGGACCCCCUCUCGGCCCGCGCACCAACCGCAAGGAUCGCCCCGCCCAGUCUAGAGCCCCAAGCCUCGCCUGAGGGCCGCACUGUAGGGCCGGCCCUGUUACCAGGCUCCGAGGAAGGGGCGGGGUUUAGGCUGCGUACUUCCGCUUCCGGUUCCCAGCGCAACUUCCAGUCCCCGCUUUGCUGUCGAGCGAAGAGGUUGUGGCGUCGGCAGGUUCCAGGCGAUUCCAGGAUGAUCGAGGUUGUUUGCAACGACCGUCUGGGAAAGAAGGUCCGCGUCAAGUGCAACACCGAUGACACCAUCGGGGACCUCAAGAAGCUGAUCGCAGCCCAAACGGGGACCCGUUGGAACAAGAUCGUGUUGAAGAAGUGGUUUCUGUCUGAAAGGUGUCUAUCCCGCAGGUACACGAUUUUUAAGGACCACGUUUCUCUGGGCGACUAUGAAAUCCAUGAUGGGAUGAACCUGGAGCUGUAUUACCAAUAAAGCGGAUUUCCUUCCUCGUGCCCUGUCCCCGCCCCCCCACACCCCUUUUCUCCUGCUCUCAGCCCCAGCACUGGAAUGGAUGCUUGUUUUUAAAGUCCUGUUAAUAAAAACUUAGAACAGC